AUGGCUAACACAAACACAUCAGCAUUCAUUCUAUCAUCAGGAUCCAUGGAACAAUCACACUUCUCAAUGCAAAACACAAACUAUUCUCCAAUUUCAACCAACCAAUCAGAUGGUCCAAUCGCCAUACUCUGGGACAUGGAAAACUGCCCUGUCCCUAGCGACAUCCGCCCUGAAGAUGUCGCCGGAAACAUCCGCAUGGCCUUACGCCUCCACCCUAUAAUCACCGGAGCUGUCACCAUGUUUUCUGCAUACGGCGACUUCAACGCCUUUCCUAGAAGACUAAGAGAAGGCUGUCAAAGAACAGGCGUGAAGCUCAUAGAUGUUCCAAACGGAAGAAAAGAUGCAGCUGAUAAAGCUAUUCUUGUAGACAUGUUUCUCUUUGCUUUAGACAACCCUCCUCCUUCUUCCAUCAUGUUAAUCUCAGGUGAUGUUGACUUUUCUCCUGCUCUACACAUUCUUGGUCAACGUGGAUACACUGUCAUUCUUGUGAUUCCAUCUGGUGUUGGUGUUUCCUCUGCUUUAAGUAAUGCUGGUAGUUUUGUUUGGGAUUGGCCUAGUGUAGUUCGUGGAGAAGGUUUUGUCCCCCUCCCCCCUACCUCACGUACCCUACCCCUACCCCUACCCCCCACCCGUGAUGUCUCCACCUUCUUAAUGGGAUGCCAAAUAACUGAAAAUUCAGAUUUUCAAAAUGAAGAAGAGGCAAUUGUGUACAGAGGAAUCUCACAAAGCUAUUAUAAUACAAACAUGGUAUCCGAAUACAACACCACAACAUCAAGAUCUUAUAGUCUACCACAUGUUGGUUCUUAUGAACAGAUGUGGGUCCAGCCUGGGGAUUUGGUAGGUUUGACCGGUCAACUAAUGAAGCUUCUAGAAUCUUUCGGUGGGUGUUUGCCUCUGGGGAGGCUUCCAGGUGAAUAUCAGAAAAGUUUUGGGAGGCCUCUUUAUGUUUCUGAGUAUGGAACUUUGAAACUUGUGAAUCUUUUGAAGAAAAUGGGGGAUAAGAUUUUGGUUGAAGGAAAAGGGCAGAGGAAGUUUGUGUAUUUGAGGAAAUGUUUACCCAAGAAUGAUAGGAAAGGGAAGGGUAGGGAAGAGGGUGUGGUGUCUUCUGAUGAGUUUUCGGAUGAGGAAAGGGUAGUUUUGGAAGAAGAAGAAGAUGAGAGUUUGGAUAAGUUUAGGUUUGAGUUACAGGAGAUUUUGGUGAGUUAUUCGUGUAGGAUUUUUUUGGGGUGUUUUGAGGCGAUUUAUCAACAAAGGUAUAAGAGAGAAUUGGAUUAUAGGAGAUUUGGUGUUAGUGAACUUGAGGAGUUGUUUGAGAAGUUGGAUGAUGUUGUUGUGUUGCUUGAGGAACCCGUGAGUAAAAAGAAGUUCUUGGUGGCUGCUGGUUGCUAA